AUGGUGUCUCGAACGACGGAGGCCGGUGAGCAAGAACCUAGCAGCCGCUGGGCCUCUCGCCGCACGGUUCUAAUAGGGAUUCGGGAACUCCUGACACGGACAACCUUCCGAUUUUUUCUGGCACUUCUGCUGGCUUACUUUUCAUCAAAGUUUACUGCCGGAUUUGUGGCUCCGUCCGGUCACGAUCAAUUCGGGAAUCUGCCUCAAAGAGAAGGGUCCACAGGCGACGUGGCGACGUUGAGUUACGGUGACCUUCAACCGCGUCCCAACUCUGUGGAUGAGGCUCUCAUUUCUGGCUCUCCUCCAGAGAGGCGCCGUCCUUUGUUUGCUGCCCAAAAAGGGUUUUGGGGCCGCCAGCAAACGCGGCACACUGGCUCCGGGUUCCCAACCUCAUUCCCGGGGACGAAUCGGCAUCUAUUGUUUCCGGCGAGACCCGAAGCCAAGAGAGUAGUGGUUUUUGAUGACAGGAGUCAAAAAGAGGGGAAACCGUCAUUCUCGACCGGAAACCCUUCCAUCUCAACAGACAAGUCUCCUAUCCUACAUGGUGCUCACGCGCCGUUUGCUGCAGGGAACCAGCCCGCUUUCAGUCAGCAAGCGCGAGACGGGAGCGGCCGGGAGUCAGAGAAUCAGGCAUAUCGUCUGGCAGGAGUCGGUCCUGCAGCACGUUUGGGUCCACAGCUGUCUGUAACUUCAUUUCUCGAGCAGAACUUGAGGGUCGAGAGCGAGCGCCGCGCCGCUCUCAAAAAUGGUACAAGCAGCUUCGCCCCCGGCGAGCAUCCCCCGUUUGAGGUUGCCACUGUCACCAACGGAAACCGUCAGCCCCCUCAUGCGGAGAGCAUCAAGGAAUUCUGUUUAAUGCUCGCCUCUUCGGCGAAAAUGCAUAUUUCCCAGUUUGUCUCAGAGUUUCUUGCUCCGUGGACAAGGCGAAUUGUGGGCACUUGUCUGUCAACCACGUCCUUCAUUUCUUUCAUCCUCCUGAUCGUAUAUCUCUAUUUUGCGGUGAGGAUCUUCGCGCUUUGUCGGGCACUGCGGCUGCAGUCAGUGCUGAAUUCGGGCAGAGCUGCGCGGAGCCGCCGGACACGAGCGCUUGCCAAGCGGCCCACGCGGUUCCCUGAAGACGGAUUGGAUACGGAAUGGAUCUUGAGAGGGUGGCAGGGCACAGCUCUGACCGCUUUGAGCGGUUUCGGUGAGCCAUGGGAGCAUGUUAUUUCGAAGGCGGCGGCAGCCAGGAGGGAGCAACGGAAGCUCCAGGGUACUGAGAACCCUCUCCUGGGUUGUUCGGCCGACAGAUCGUCAAAAGCCCACGCAGUGGAAGACUGGGAACAGUCCGCCGGGGCAGAAAACGUCGACGGUAGCAAAUGGGGCGGGUCCCGCUGUUUCGAGGGCCCAGUUAGUCUCCACUUCUCGUUAUCACCCUAUGGAAGCGAUUCGUGCUGCCAAACGGUGUUUGGUUCCCCCCACCAUCAGACGGUCAGGAACGCCCGUGGUGUUUUGGACAUGCUCGAAACUCGGGAAGGCGUUCCAGGGGAAAUUUGCAGUGGCGACUCACUCGAUACACAUGAGGAGCCAGCGUUCGAGCUAGCUGCAACCUACAUGCAAAACCGUACAUUCGUGUGGUGGGGCUCAUAUUUCGUGGCCGCGUGCGCAUUCAUCCUCCUCGUGCUUUUAAUGGCCUUGGAAGCGGAUCAGCGUUUGCUGUCGAAAGCCUUCCUGGCGGUGGGAGGAAGUUCACAGUUGCUGCCGUUUUGGAGACUCCUAGCGGCAGUGCAGUGGAUCAGUGCUCUCUGCCUGCUGCGUGGCAUUCUGAGCGAUUACAACUACGCCACCAACGGGGCGUUCCACGGCAGGCAAAAGUUUUUCCUCAGUGUCGUCAUUUGCGUUUUAUCUCUCGUUUUCCUGUCCCUACUCUUUGGUCGUGGACCUUCGUAUCCAGCAGAGUGCCUCGGUCCGCUCCAAGCACUGCCUCCGUCUUCUGCAGCCGGCCCGCCUUCCCCGGAAGAGUUGUCGUCGCCAGGCACGAAAAAGAUAGGCGGAUACAGUUCUCGUCGUGAAGAGGGAAUAAAUGCAGUCUCCCAUAGAGAGGAAACACCACUGUCUGCCUUUGAAUUCAUUGCUCCCGAAUCCGGAGCAGUCCUGGACCCAUACACUUACGGCAGGGCGACGCUGCGGGCGUCGACUGCUGCCGCGGGUGACGGCCAUGGUUGGCCAUCCCAAUGCGCUGACUACGCCCGAGUUUCCUCUUACUGGCUUGGCCUUUCUGUUGGUUGUUACCUCUUCCUUCGGCUUGUUUGCCUUUGCGUGGUGCUCUCCCUCGCCACCAGUGAAGAAACGUUCCAGCAGAAGAGAGAUUCCCAGGCUACAGUCUCUUUUUCUUGGUUGGUUGCAGGAGUUUCCUUCGCAUUCGUCGACUUGUUUCCGUUCCCGCUACUCGCGCUGCUGUCCCAGGGGCCGUCGACGCCCUGGUUCCCCGUAGAAGGUGUCGACAUUUUGUUGUGCUCUCAAUGUCUCUGUCACCUCUUCUUCUUUAAACACGUCCAGCGGGAGCUGCACUACGCGACGCAUUCCUCCAUCAAAAAGGCCAUCCGAAAGAUGCAAGAGACUUUCUGUCUAAAGAGUUUUGACUAG